UGGUUAAUAUGUGGUGUUCUGUUUCUUUAAGAGAAGAACUAUUAUGGUAUAGUUUAUAUGGAAAGCACACCUCAACACGAGGUGUGACAGACAAGGAUGCUGUGUGGACAAUUGCUAUUGGGUAAUUGCUAUUCUCCUGAAAUCUGAUUGGCCGGGGGGCGGGACAACAGGAGAGCGAAAAAAGAGAGAGAAGAAGAAGGAUUGGAGAGAGCGCGCGGUGAGGACGUCGGCGGGUUGACUUGGCGGAGUGCCGCUGGGACUUUGGGUGAGCAGUUGGGCCAAUAUAGCUUGCUCACCUGUGCAACAACAGAGUGGUUGGAGAGCCGACUGAGAACCGACUGAGAACCGACUGAGGACCGACUGAGGACCGCUGAAGGACCGAGAGCGACGCGUUCGGUGAGCUGAAUCGGAGGGUUGCCAAGGAGACGGUGGACCCGGAGAGAUCUGCUGCACCUGCGUUGGGUCGAGGUUUGGAUUUUCUUCACCUUCGUGGAUAAAGUAGUGCGGGGUUCGACUGCUGUCAGGAGACAGGAGUUGUCGGGAACUUACCUUCAUCAUUUGGGUUGAGAACCCGGGGUGAGUGGAGUCAAUAACAGGCCUGCAACGGGGGUUUUAAUGACUAUUUUGCCGGCAUUUAUUUGUUUUCUUUUGUUUGGUGGGCCCACCAAUUAAACAGUGCCAGUUAUGGUAUGGACUUUAUAUUAUAAGUAAGAACUGUUAUGUGUUCCGGAAAGUUAUAAAUAAGUUACUUUCAAACUAUUGAGGUGUUUAAUACAGAGGGAGAGUCCCUAUUUAUCAACCUGUAGGGUGAUAAAGUCGUGUGUACUUUUAUUUGUUAUUUGUGUUAAUAUUUGUAAAGGUAACAAAAAGACAUUUGGGUCUAAAUACGGUUCCCACAGUGAUGACUGUGGUACAGUUUCAUUUCUAUUUCUUGAGUUAGUAAAUAAAUUCUUUAUUCUUAUAAAGUGUCCUUAUUUCUGGGUCAGACAUACUCAGUUUCACUGGCAGGACCAUGGGGUGUUACAGUUAGCUUUACGAACCCGAAGCGUUAAAUCUAGCAUAGAUGACAGAAAGCGCUACAUAAAUGGAGGCACCGCUGGGAUUAAAAUUCGAAAAACAAUAAAAAUAAAUAAGUAAACAAUAAAAUAAACUUGCAUGUGAAAGCUAGUCCCCAAGGUUUCUUUAGUUAAGCUGUUUUUUUUUCUGACCCAGAUUACUAACUUGGUUAAAUUGAACCUGUAGUUUAACAAGGGAAAAGUAAAAACUACUUAAGACUUUCCAAAACAGAAAUAAGUUAGUAAAACAUUAACUACAAAAUGUCUUUGUUGGAAAAUUGGUGUACAGGGGAGGGCUUAGAUGCAUCCCAUGCACUUGUAGUAAAACAGGUCCCCGUAGAGACCACAGUUAAGCACAUUGAAGAAACUUUGAUGACUAUCAAAGUUCUAGGACGAGUUAGGGUGAGAGGGCGUAUGUUUAACCCUCAAUCACAGUCCUUGAUGGUUUUAUGCGAGUGUAGUGAAAGAGUAAACACAAAAACUAUACCUCUGGAUGUGCCACCUAUUGAAGGAGGUGAACUGUGGACAUUGCAUGGGCCUGCAGAUGAAGAAAACAUCAACCCUGAAAAGAGACAAAUGGAUCCUCUCUCACAAAAUAGUUCUACAUCUACUGAAGAAGCAGCUGCACCAGAAAUGCUAUCAUCAGAAGCUAUGCCAGGAAACUCGGCAGAGUCGAUCAUCAGAGCUGUUGGUGAUCUGCUAGCAAAGACAAUGAAGCCUGCCCAAGAAAGUAAUGUCUUCAGGCGUCUCCGAACAUAUUCUGGCAUAAGUCCCACACCUCCAGGAGAGGAGAGUUUGGAGACAUGGAUGGAGCAAGCACAGCUAAUGGUGGAUGAGAGUGACUGUUCCUUUCGAGAGAAAAGGAAAAGGAUCGUAGAAAGCCUGAAAGGACCCGCUCUGGAGAUUGCUCAAGCUGUAAGAGCUAAUGAUCCAGAUGCAUCCCCAGAGGAAUAUAUUGAAGCUCUAGAAAAAGCAUUUGGAUCACCAGAGAGUCCUGAAGAUCUCUACUUCUCCUUCAGAGCCUUGCGCCAAAGCUCAGGUGAAAGACUUUCUGAUUUCUUACGGAGAGUAGAGCGAAAGCUAACAAAAGUGGUUCAGCGAGGAGGGAUAACUCCCAAUAUGAGAGACAGUGCACGUGUGGACCAGCUCCUUCGUGGAACCACAGAGUCCGAAAUAAUGUUACUACAGUUACGCCUAAGAGAAAGAAAGCGUAAUCCUCCUCCCUUCCUGACACUGUUGAAUGAAAUCAGAGAAGAAGAGUUUCAACAAGCAGUAAGGAAGAAAAAUGUUGCUCCUUCUGCUAGACCAUUUGUCAGGCAAGUGAGGGUGGAAGAUGAAAAUAAUUCAGAAUCUGAAGUUCAGGAGCUGCAGGCUCAAGUCAAAAUGCUGCAGUCCCAAGUGUCUGAACUCACAACUGGUCAGUUAAAAGCCACCUCGAAUGCUCAAAAUGCAUUCCACACAGAUGACCUGAAACCCAGAAAAAAUUAUGAAGUUCAGGCUUUAAGAAAACAAGUUGAGGAUGUGCAACAUCAUCUCAACAUGAUGACUGUGACACACACAAAUCCUCCUCAGACUAAAGGUGCAAGAUGGAGACCAGAAAACAAAGCAAAUAAAGUGAAUAAAGCUCCCCCUCACCUUAGUAGCCAAAGAACAACUCACACCAACCAUGAUGAAGAGGAUUUCUUCUGUUACAGGUGUGGGGAAGGAGGACAUGUGUCUACUCAUUGUACAGCCCCCGAAGACCAAGGCAAAGUCAUUCAGAAACUGAUCCGUUCUCUAAAAAGACAAAAAAGAAAUGAGACAAACAAACAAGCAAAAGAGACCUCAAAUACCAACUGCUCUGUCAAAAGGAAUGCAGUUGAUGCCCAACAUGCUACAGGCAUCCCUAAGGGACUAGUAGGGGAGGCCUCCCUCAGUAAAGUAAUCAUUGAAGGUCAACCAACCAACGCCCUGAUGGACAGUGGUUCUAGUGUUACCAUAAUAUUUGAAAGCUGGUACACAGACCAUUUGUCCCACUUACCUCUUCAUCCUAUUUCUAGCUUGGCCCUCUGGGGGCUCAGUGAAUCCUGCUAUCCAUACAAGGGCUAUAUAGCUAUGAAUGUUGAGUUCUUGGCUGAUGGUUUUCACUCAGAGCCAACGACAGUGUUAGCCUUAGUCUGCCCCGACCCUAAGGGUCCAGAUCAGGCCCCAGUAAUCAUGGGAACCAAUGCCUGUCGUUUUCAUCACCAGCCCAAGAGUUCAGAUGAAGCUGAAGGCCCUGGACAUGCUCGAGCUUGGCGUGUUUCUGUCAGCACACCAAAAACAUUUAAACAGGAACGCCCCUCAGUCCAGCUGGAUGAUAGUGUUGGACACAUAAAAUGGAUGGGUCCUGGACCUCUUAAGGUUCCCCCUGGUGGCUCAGCCCUGGCAGCCUGUAAAGUCAUUGCAAAAGAGUCCUGGGAGCAGGAUAUGUUGGUGGUUGAGCCUCCUGAGCAGCCCUCUCUCCCAGAUGGAAUAAUGGUGCCACCGUGUGUCCUCUUACCAUCUGAUAUGAAUCUAAACAACUUCUCACUGGUGCUAAAAAACGAAUCCAUAAAAACCAAAGCCAUCCCUAAAGGCACCAUUGUGGCAUGUAUUCAUAAAGCCAACGUUGUGACUGAGUUGCCCAAAAGCAAAGAGUCAGGUCAAACAAUAGAUCCUGGAUUGUUUGAUUUUGGCGACUCUCCAAUCCCAAGUGCCUGGAAGGAGAGGCUGGCUCAUAAGCUAUCAGAGAAAGCAGGAGUGUUCUCCCUUGAGGAAUGGGAUGUUGGACUGGCCAGAGGAGUCGAGCAUACCAUCCGCCUCAGUGACUCACGACCUUUUCGAGAGAGAUCCAGACGUCUUGCCCCUGCCGAUAUUGAUGACGUGCGAAGUCAUCUGCAGAAACUGCUGGCAGCAGGAAUAAUAAAGGAGUCACGUAGUCCUUAUGCUUCGCCCAUCGUGGUGGCAAGAAAAAAGAAUGGCUCCAUCAGGAUGUGUAUUGAUUACCGCACCCUGAAUGCGCGAACAAUCCCUGAUCAAUACACAGUUCCUAGGAUUGAUGAAGCUUUGGAUUGUAUGACAGGAAGCCGCUGGUUUUCUGUAUUGGAUCUUCGAAAUGGCUAUUACCAGAUUGGCAUGGCUGAGCAAGACAAGGAGAAAACAGCCUUUAUCUGCCCCCUAGGGUUCUUCCAGUUUGAGCGUAUGCCCCAAGGCAUAACAGGAGCCCCGGCUACCUUUCAAAGGUUAAUGGAAAAGGCUGUCGGAGACAUGAACCUCCUGCAAUGUUUAGUAUACCUGGAUGACCUAAUAGUGUUCGGCCGGACACUAGAGGAACAUGAGGAACGUCUCCUCAAAGUAUUGGAUCGACUACAAGAAUAUGGUCUGAAGGUGUCUAUUAAUAAGUGUCAGUUCUGUCAACCUCAGGUCAAAUAUGUCGGCCACAUUGUGUCUGCUUCAGGAAUUUCUACUGAUCCAGAAAAAAUCAAAGCAGUCCUUAACUGGGAGCAGCCUACUGAUCUUAAGAGCCUUCAGUCGUUUUUGGGUUUCUGUGGCUACUACAGACGAUUCAUUGCCAACUACUCGUCCAUUGUGAGGCCCCUGACAGACUUAACCAAAGGCUACCCUCCUGUUAAAAAAGGACAGAAAGCAGUUAACUCCAAUUCGGUCUACCUUAAAAAAUCUGAACCCUUUGGGGACAGGUGGACUUUGGCCUGUACUACUGCUUUUAAGAAAAUAAUACAGUGCCUUACAACUGCACCAGUCCUGGCAUUUGCAGAUCCAACUAAGCCCUACAUAUUGCAUGUAGAUGCCAGCUUUGAUGGGCUAGGUGCUGUGCUCAACCAGGAACAUCCAGAAGGCUUGCGUCCUGUAGCCUUUGCCAGUCGAAAGCUGAGAAACUCUGAGAGAAAUUAUCCGGUCCAUCAACUCGAGUUCCUUGCACUCAAGUGGGCUGUGGUUGAUAAGUUGCACGACUACUUGUACGGAGCCAAGUUCACUGUGAGAACCGACAACAACCCACUGACCUAUGUCCUUACUACGGCCAAACUAAGUGCUGCAGGUCAUAGAUGGUUGGCUGCCCUGUCCACCUAUGAUUUUGGCAUACAGUAUCGACCAGGUCGGGAGAAUAUUGAUGCCGACCUGCUUUCCAGAAAUGCAAACUCUGAAGAGGAGGGGUGGAUACCUCCCUCUGGAGUGAAAGCUCUGUGCAAAACUGUAAGUGUGGCUGGGUUCUCUGGAAACACACGGUGUGUGGAUCAACUGGGUGUUUCCCCAUCUGCCAUUCCUGAUCUGUAUGUGUACCCCAUCUCUCUUGGUGAGAACCCAGUACAACAGUUCAGCCUGACAGACCUACAAAAUGAACAAGACUCAGACGAAGCUAUUGGAAAGAUUAAAAAUGAGAUAAAAGCUGGACAUUGGCCCUGUAGCUUCCAGACUGAGCAUCAGGAGGCCAUUCUGCUACAGCGAGAGAAAGAGAAGUUGCAGAUAAAGAAUGGACUGAUGUACAGGAGGCUUAUAAGGCCUACCGGAAAGGAAGUGUUCCAGUUGGUGCUUCCUCCAAAACAUCGGCUGCAAGUAUUAAAGCAGUUGCAUGAUGAUUUUGGGCACCUCGGUAUUGAAAAAACAACCGAGUUGGUGCGGGAUCGGUUCUAUUGGCCGAAAAUGGCACAUGACAUUGAGCAUUAUGUCAAGACUUGUGGGGUUUGUGUGGCUCACAAGACCUUGCCUCGCAAAACGAGUCCCCUACACCAGAUCACAAGUCGAGGCCCAUUAGACUUGGUCUGUAUAGACUUCUUGUCUAUCGAGCCAGAUUCUCGUGGGGUGGCCAAUGUACUCGUUAUUACCGAUCAUUUUACUCGGUAUGCUCAGGCCAUACCCACUAGCAACCAAAGAGCUACUACAGUUGCUAAAGUUCUGCUAGAAAAGUUCUUUGUGCACUAUGGCUUACCACGCCGAAUCCACUCUGACCAAGGGCGUGAUUUUGAGAGUUCUCUGAUAAAAGAGCUCCUUAAUAUGCUGGGGAUAAAGAAAUCAAGAACUACACCCUAUCAUCCCCAAGGGGAUCCCCAGCCAGAGCGCUUUAAUCGCACUCUCUUGUCUAUGUUGGGCACUCUCGAGCCACAGGACAAACAAAAAUGGAGUCAGCAUGUGGCCUCUAUGGUUCAUGCUUAUAACUGUACUCGUAAUGAGGCCACAGGAUAUUCACCAUACUUCCUGAUGUUUGGGCGGGAGGCUCGUCUGCCUGUGGAUGUGUGUUUUGGGUUGUCUCAAGCUGGAGAAGAAGACAUUAAACAUCAUCAAUAUGUGGACAAACUGAGAAAAGAGCUCCGUCAUGCUUGCCAUCUUGCGACAGAGGCUUCCAACAAGAAUCAUCAGAAAAACAAGAGAAGCUAUGAUGGCAGGGUUCGAGCUCAGAACCUGGAGGACGGAGAUCGGGUUCUUAUUCGAGCCUUGGGAAUCCCUGGAAAACACAAGUUAAAGGGGAAGUGGAAUCCGCAACCUUAUGUGGUUGUUGGAAAGCUCCCUAACUUACCUGUGUAUCGGGUAAAACCUGAAAGUGGACAAGGGGUAGUAAAGACUCUGCACAGAGAUCAUCUGCUACCAAUAGGGAUUCUGGUGAGAAUUCCAGACCUCACUGAAAGAAGCUGUCUGCCUCAGAGACCUUCCACCAGGUCCACUGAUGUAGCUAAAGCCCAGUAUGAGGUGCAGCAUUCAGCAGAGGAAGCGAGGGAUGAGGAUUCUGAAGAUGAUGAAGAUGUCCCUCGGCAGUUCUGCAGAGGAGUUGUCCAGGAUGCCUGGUUAACACGCCCUCCAACUGUCCAGUUAUUGUCCCUUGCUAAUGACAGAUCUGAUGUCAUCUCUGAAAGAGAUCUUGGCGGACCAACUCUGUCAUGCAAUGAGGAGGGAGGGCUUGACCACGACGCAGUUGUAGAAGAGGACACAGGUGAUAUACUUUCGUCAGAAGACCCUGUGGCGGACACAGGGCUGGAGGUGGGAGACGUCCCAACAUCUAGUAUGUCUGAUGAUGAAGUUAACUCUACCAGUGUUCCUGCUACUAAACGACUGGUUAAGCCUGUCAUCCGUCUGAGCUACGACGAGCCUGGAAAGCCCACAGACAAGCCAUUGGUCAUUGUGCACAGAGGGGUGAGGAUAUACAUAACCACAGAUCCUGAGGAAGAUCCCACUAUUGUCUGUCAUCCGCCCUGCAAUGUCCCGGUUCAUAGAGUAGCAAGCUGCAGUUUUGAGAGUUUGUUGCAUACAGAACAGUCUGAUGGGGACAUCUAGACAUUUAACCCGGGGAGGAUGUAACCUGUUGGGUUCCCAGCUAGGAGAGUUUCUCAACUCUUUUAACACUUAGAGAGUUGUCUGAUGGGGACAUCCAGACAUUUAGCCAGGGGAGGGUGUAACCCUCUGGGUUCCCAGAAAUGUGUUAUUGUUGUUUUAAAAAAAUGACAAGGUUAACAUAUUUAAUGCAUGUAAAUUAAUAUCUUAAAGUAAGAUAUAAUAAUUUCCUAGACUUAUGGUGGGAGAAAAAAUAACUUAAAAAGUCAAAGUAAAAGACUGGUUAAUAUGUGGUGUUCUGUUUCUUUAAGAGAAGAACUAUUAUGGUAUAGUUUAUAUGGAAAGCACACCUCAACACGAGGUGUGACAGACAAGGAUGCUGUGUGGACAAUUGCUAUUGGGUAAUUGCUAUUCUCCUGAAAUCUGAUUGGCCGGGGGGCGGGACAACAGGAGAGCGAAAAAAGGAAGAGAAGAAGAAGGAUAGGAGAGAGCGCGCGGUGAGGACGUUGGCGGGUUGACUUGGCGGAGUGCCGCUGGGACUUUGGGUGAGCAGUUGGGCCAAUAUAGCUUGCUCACCUGUGCAACAACAGAGUGGUUGGAGAACCGACUGAGAACCGACUGAGGACCGCUGAAGGACCGAGAGCGACGCGUUCGGUGAGCUGAAUCGGAGGGUUGCCAAGGAGACGGUGGACCCGGAGAGAUCUGCUGCACCUGCGUUGGGUCGAGGUUUGGAUUUUCUUCACCUUCGUGGAUAAAGUAGUGCGGGGUUCGACUGCUGUCAGGAGACAGGAGUUGUCGGGAACUUACCUUCAUCAUUUGGGUUGAGAACCCGGGGUGAGUGGAGUCAAUAACAGGCCUGCAACGGGGGUUUUAAUGACUAUUUUGCCGGCAUUUAUUUGUUUUCUUUUGUUUGGUGGGCCCACCAAUUAAACAGUGCCAGUUAUGGUAUGGACUUUAUAUUAUAAGUAAGAACUGUUAUGUGUUCCGGAAAGUUAUAAAUAAGUUACUUUCAAACUAUUGAGGUGUUUACUACAGAGGGAGAGUCCCUAUUUAUCAACCUGUAGGGUGAUAAAGUCGUGUGUACUUUUAUUUGUUAUUUGUGUUAAUAUUUGUAAAGGUAACAAAAAGACAUUUGGGUCUAAAUACGGUUCCCACAGUGAUGACUGUGGUACAGUUUCAUUUCUAUUUCUUGAGUUAGUAAAUAAAUUCUUUAUUCUUAUAAAGUGUCCUUAUUUCUGGGUCAGACAUACUCAGUUUCACUGGCAGGACCAUGGGGUGUUACAGUUAGCUUUACGAACCCGAAGCGUUAAAUCUAGCAUAGAUGA